AUGGCUGUCUUAGCGGCGGCUCAGUUGCUUGAUGAACUGAUGGGUAGACAUCGAAAUACAAACCCCAAUGAAAAAAUUAAAAAGCCGAAUUGGGAAGAUCCUGAGUACUGUAAAUAUUACAUGGUGAAAUUCUGUCCACACGAUUUAUUUGUCAACACCCGGGCAGAUCUGGGAGUUUGUCCAAAAGUGCAUGACGAUGAAGUGAAGGAAUUAUUUGAGAAAGCUGAUUUUACAUAUAAAAAAUCUCAAUAUAUAGAAGAGUUUUUGCGGUUUUGCCGUCACAUGAUAAAUGAUGUUGAAAGGAAAAUACAAAAAGGAAAACAGCGUCUUGAGUUAAUGAAUUCAAGACCAGAAGGUCCUCCCAUGACUCAAGCUCAAACAGAGAAAAAUCAAGAACAGGUAUCUCUGUUGUCUGAAAAAAUAACAUCAUUAGUCAGAGAAGCAGAGGAAGCAGGAACAUGUGGAAAUGUAGAGCAAGCUCAGGGACUGAUGAAAUUGUGUGACAGGUUAAAAGAAGAAAAAGAUCAACUUCUUAAACAACAGGAAAAUAGUCACUGGUCUAUGACAGCCGAACUUGCUGCUGCACAAGAGAAACAAAUGGAAGUGUGUCCAGUAUGUGGCGCCUUUUUAAUUGUUGGUGAUGCACAGCAGAGAAUUGAUGACCAUUUAUCUGGCAAGCAACAUGUUGGAUAUUUUAAACUACGACAAGCAUAUGAAGAAAUGGUAGCAUCUCGCGAGAAAGAGCAACAAGAGAAAGAAAAGCGCCGUCGAGAGGAAAGGGAGAAAGAAAGAAACGCUCGUGGAGGCGGCUUGGGAUCAGACAGGCGAGAUCGGGAGCGUAUGGAACGAGACCGUGAAAGGGACCGCGAUAAGGACAAAGAAAAAGAUAGUACGCGUGACAAAGAUAGACAUAGGGAAAGCAGGGACAAUGACAAGAAUAAUCGUCACGAGGAACGCGAGCGUGACAGGGAACGGGACCGCGACAAGGAAAGGGAGCGGGACAGGGAGCAACGGACCGUGACCGUGAUCGCGAGCGCAAACAUCGUAGAAGAUCACCCCAUGACCGCUCACGUCGCCGCUCCCGCGACCGCCGUUAGUGAAACUGAGGUAUCACAAACCCCCUCGAAACGUUGGGAAUGCAAAGAAGAAAACAGAUCAGCAGCAACUAAGAGGUACUUAUGA